GGUCAUUUCAAGGUGCAUUAGAGAAGGUGAAUGAAGGUUACCUUUGCUUAUCAGAAAAUGGAAAAUGGAACAUAUUUUUACUUCAUGUUAUUUGAAAAUCUUGGGUUCAUUCGAUAUGCUUUCUUCAGUUUGGGAUUUAUUCUAUACUGUGCUAUCACACUUUUUAAUGUCAUUAUUAUGCUUGCAAUUUAUCUGGAAAGGACUUUACACCAGCCCAUGUACAUUCUGAUUUCUUGUUUGUCUGUCAACUCUGUGUUUGGAACAGCUGGCUUUUUCCCAAGAGCAUUGACAGACUUGCUGUCUGAUACACACUCAAUCUCCCGUGAAGCAUGUAUCUUACAGUCUUAUGUCAUUUUCACGUAUGCAGCAAAUGAGAAUACAAUAUUAAUGUUAAUGGCAUUUGAUAGAUUCGUUGCAAUCAGUAAACCUUUGCAAUACCACAACAUAAUUACACCAAGGUUUCUAACUGUUUUGAUAGUUAUAAACUUGACUUAUCCAAUGAUUUCUCUUGGUAUUACUGGUAUUUUGACUUCCAGACUGACAUUGUGUGGUAACAAAUUGUUUAAGGUGUACUGCCACAACUUUGAAAUGGUCAAACUGUCUUGUGCAAACACUGCUGUAAAUAAUGUCAUGGGUUUUUUUAUAUUGAUCACAACUGUAAUUAUUCCUUUAAGUUUAAUAUUAUAUUCUUAUGUAAAAAUUCUUAUUGUAUGUCAAAGAAGCUCAUCACAGUUCAAAGGCAAAGCUUAUCAAACUUGUAUUCCACACAUAGUGGUCCUUUUGAAUUUCUCAAUUGCUAUUAUUUCUGAGGUCACUUUGAGUCGAGUUGUCACCUUAGAACUUCCUAUAUGGCUGUCAGUUUUAAUUUCACUUGAAUUUCUUGUUAUAGCACCCAUCCUGAACCCUCUUGUUUAUGCUUUAAACCUGCCUGAUAUUCGCAAAACAAUUCUCCGUUUUAUAAAUGGAUCCAGGUAAAUGAUUUCUCUACAUUGUUAAC